CUGAUGCGUAGUCAGCACCCUCACCCACAGCCUGUUCGGCCUGUUGGCGACUCUGCAGCUGAGCCAGAAGCUGUGCGUCUGCGGAAGCGACGUAGGCUCGAUGAGGAAGCGGCGCUCGACAAGCCUGCUGUGUGUGCCACGCGUUGGUCCCAGAGUGCGGUCAUGGUCCUGGCUGGGCACCAAGACGGUGGUGCUGCGGCUUGCGCAGCUGCGCCAUCCAGCCCUGGAGUCUCAGCUGUGAAGAAGACCUUUGGCAAGGUCCUGGGCAGCCUGGGGGACGCGAACUUAGCCCUCCGGAACGGCCUCGUUCAAAUAGCUGUGCCAGGCGCGCCGGCAGAUGACUGUGUGAGACUCUUAGACGUGCUGACAGCCUUGGCUGAGACAGAAGUCUACGCAGGCAACCAGUUGUACCUUGAGAGACUGCUGCACUUCGACCAGGAAGCGCGCAAGAAGAAAGAUGGCGUGUCCAGUGUGCCCACGUCGUCGCUGGUCGAGCCGCCGGACCUCACCGACGUCGAGUUCGCAGGACGCCGCUUGGUCGACGCUCUGGCGGAGGCUGGUAAGUGGGACUUGGCGGCGGCGGACGGACUUCCCCUCCGAUUGAGUCGCAAGUCUGAGUGGGGGAACUUCAGGCAGCACUACUUCAUCAGGCGAAAGAAAGAUGCGGCUCAGUACAAGCAGUACGGCUACUGCCUUCGGGGCUCGCAAACGCUUGAGAUUUGGAAGUGUUCCACCCAGGCGCAGGAGCGCUAUGGGAACCCGGAUAGCACGCCUAAGAUGCGCCAGCUGCGGGGUCCACACGAUUUCGAUGGCGCCGUCCUUCGCGAAACAUUGGCUCCUGGAUUUUCUCACCCGUGAGAGGAAGACAGAUCUCCGCAGACACACAGUGAGCCCCACAAGCCUCAGCUCUUUCAAAUGGAAUGCAUAUGAGCUGUUUGUCUGCGCUCAGCUGACUGCCUAGCCAGCUCAGCUUGGUCAAUGUUCCAGCCGGCCUCGGCCUUGGACGGAGUGCUAACGUGCUUUGCUACUACACCAGGUGUUUGCAAGAACGCAUGUGCGGAAAUGAGACA